UUCGCACUGACUUUAGUUAUCGAUUCUUUAAAACUUUUAAACAGCAGAUCGUCUUUAAUUUGAGAUAGCACAUAUUAUAGUUAAACUAUAGAGGUUUAGAACUUGACCUAGUGAACAGUUUAAAAUUUGUUCUAUGCUUGGAAAUGUCAUGUUGUCAGCUUUGUGAACGUGUAAACGUUCAAAUACCUUGAUGCGUAUAUUGUGAUCGCUUCAGUGUUCCGUUUCACAAAAAUAUUAACAGAAUUACAUUCAUUUUCAAGUGAUUACCGAUAUUCACAGAAUCAGAUAAUUAUAAUGGACGUGGACGAUUCUAUAGAUCCAAAAGAAGUAAGAGCAACGCUAGAAACAUAUAAAAAGUUGGCUCAGGAUUUUGCAAAUCAUGACACAAUUUUAAAGGAUAAAACAGUUCUUUCAUAUGUAGCCUAUGUUCUUGAAGCACAGGAUUUCGAGAUUAUUGAACUGGGUAUAGAUAUUUUAGAAUUGUUUGUUAAAAAUGUGGAUAACUAUGUACACAUAACCUCUACUUUUGGGGUUCGUGAAGCUUUGGAUGCCGUUAUAAAUAAAUAUAAUUUUGAUGAACCAAAGAUAGCCAAACGAGCUCAAUGUAUAAAAGAUGAUAUAGAAAGAAUGAAACCACCAAUAUAUAAUUUACGUAGUCGAUGCAGAAGAGUGAUCGAACCAAAGAAAUUAAAAACUCAUGUUAUCGUAUUACAUGUCCAAGGCUUAUUACCGGAAACACGUUCAGAAUUGGAAUCGACAUUAAUAAGAAUCGAUGGCUUGGUUUCCCUUGUAGUUGAUGUAGAACAUCAGCGUGUUACAAUGCGCACUUUAAGUUAUGUCACAGCAAAACAGAUUGCAGAAGCUAUUCAUAACAAUACGGAGAACAUGGAAGCUAGAUUAGUUACAAGAAAUAAAUUAAACCAAGAAUAUCUUGUUAAAUUAAUUCAUACAAAUGGUGACAAUGGUGACACGGAUGAUAUGCCAGAUUACUUACCUGAGGAAGAAGAACAAGAAGAAAAGGAGGGUGUUGUAUCUCUGUUUACUGGAUUAAGACAAAGUGCUUCAUCGUUGUACAAAAGUACCACUGAAUUUCUCCAAAAUUCAUUCUAUUGGUAAUUUUAAAAAUAGUUAUAUUAAGUAUAAGUUUUUAUUUUAUGAUUGGUGAACAGUUAAAUAAACAUAGAAAAUAUGUGAAAUUGUUAAUUUAAUAGACAGAUGUUUUUUUAAGAAAUUUAUUUUUAAUUAUUUUAAUCAAUAAUCCAGUAAUGUUUUUUAAUUUUUAUCUUUUCAUAAAGUAUUGAAAAUGUAAAAUUAUUCAUUCUUCAUUACUUUUAAUGUUGAACUCAAGCACCAAUCAUGUUUGUUACAAAAAUAACGUAAAUACAACGAGUGUUGAGUUUUUAAAUGUAUUUUUGAGGAUACUAGUGUGUACAUUGGUGAAUAUUACUGAAUUCAAUUUUACUUUACAUACAAUAACAUCAAGGAAAAUUUGAUAUUAUUUUAAAUCUCAUUUUAAUUAAACUAUAUAGUGUAUUUAAAUUAUUAGAAAUUUAUAACUGACCAAAAAAAUUGUAUGACAUUAUAAUUACAUAUAAGUAAAAAGUAUUCAUGAAGAGUUCAAGAAGAAAUCAUGUAUACAAAAACAGAUUCAGUUACUGAGUGUAUAUACGGUUGUAAGAGAUAAAGACUUUAUCACUGGGAUGAGUAUCAUGAAUGUAGCAUUUAUGUUAUGAAAACACUGUUUAUUUAAAACUUCAUCCAAAACUUGUUUUUAAAUACUUGUUGUGACUGCUUAGACAUUUAGAUUUACAUAUUUCAUUAUUAUACAUGUCAAAUCCUUUUUAUUAGAAAUUUUUAUUGCAUAAAAAUACAAAUACAUUUUUCAUUGUUUUAACGUUACUGAAAAGAGGCUGUGCAAACAUUUAUUGUAUGUAACUUAAUAAAUUGAUGUACUUCUAUAUAAAGGGUAUAUUAAUAGUACAUUUUGUUGGUUUUCUUUACAUGGAUAGAUCUAUUUAUGUGUGUUAUAAACACAACUAAAUACAAGUGACUAACAUCUUACACUAAACAAAAAUUCUGUUUUAUUUAUAUAGAAUCGAUAAAGAAUAUUCAAUUUAUAAUAUGGUAUUAGGUUUGUAAUAAAACGAAAUAAAUUAGUUAUUGUAAAUCAACUUUAUUGUUUAUAACACAAACUUUGUGUACUGCUUCUAUUAUUAAGAAUAAUAGAACUAGUCAGUUUAGCUGCCACUGCACAAGAAGGAACAAUUUAUGCAUCUACUCGCAUAAAUAUAAUCGAUACAAUAUGUAUGAUUAUUAGAAAGUACAUCUCUGUAUGUCUUACUAAUUACUUCGUCCACAUGAGCACAUCAAAAUGUUAUACUGAAUCUUAUUUACUAUUUUCUUAAGUUUACGUUGUAUUGUCUAUAUUUACAAUGUAUAGUAAUUGUCAUUAAGGCAAUUUGAGUUUCAAAGCAGGUACAAUAGAUGGAUGCAGAACAGUAUUUUGGACAAUUGAGUUGAUAAUAUCGUCUGGUUAUGCAUACGUAACUGCAAUACUUAAUUGUCAUUAAUUUGAAAGAAUGAGUAUGACUUUUGUGUACAGUCCAAUACUAUUGUUGAGUUUCAGUUUGAAACUCAGACAACCUGUACUGCCUUCACUAUGUUUAUGAUACAACUUAUACUAAUUUUAUUGUAAACAUAGUCACUGAAUUAGAUUCCUUUUCAUUUGUUAAUUGAAAAGUGAAAUAAAAUAUAUUACAUGCAGUAUUUUACGUACAUCAAUAGUAAGUUACCGGUAAAAAUGUAAUUUUAGUGCAUCAAAAAUAUU